AUGCUCGUCCUGGGCGGCCUAGCCACCCUCAUCUUUCUGUGGGCGACAUAUUUCCGUCUGAUGCGGUAUAUUCGCCGCAUCCUAUCCUUGAAUGACAAGCAGCAGUCCUACUUUGCACGACCCCACCAUCUGCUCGCGAGCUUGCGAGUCCACCUGCUCGAUGCCCCCCUCUUCUCCAAACGCCACAAGGCAGAACUGCGGCUUUCUCGAGCCGUCAAUGUCGGUACCCUACCAACCCGAUUCGAAGCCCUCCUCAUUGCUGCUCUGCUCAGCAUGAAUAUCGUCAUGUGCGUGGUGGCGAUACCCUUCGACGACGCGAGCAAGGAUUCUCUCGCGGGCAGAAUGCGACACCGGUUUGGUGUCGUUGCAGUCGCUAACCUCGUUCCGCUUGUUCUGUUAUCCGGCAGGAAUAAUCCGUUGAUACCGCUGCUUGCGAUCCCGUCCGACACGUUCAACCUGUUUCAUCGGUGGCUUGGUCGGAUAGUUGUCUUGGAAGGUCUUGCGCAUGUUUUUGCUUGGUGCAUUCCGAAAGCUGCGGAAGUGGGCUGGGACGGUGUAGGAACAGCGCUGCGCGAAAGCACUUUCUUAAAGAAUGGUCUUGUUACUAUAUGCCUCUUCACAGCGCUGCUAUUACAUUCGCCCUCACCGAUCCGCCACGCAUUCUACGAAACAUUCGCCCACAUACAUCUCGUCCUGGCGGCUGUGGCAUUCGCUUUCCUAUGGAUGCAUCUCCGAGGCCGUCAUGCCCACUCCUACCUUGUCGCAGCGAUCACAAUCUGGUCGUUUGAGAGGACCGUUCGGUUGUCAAGGAUCCUUUACCGAGGGUGGGGAGUGAACCCAACUACCGCAACAGUCGAGGCCAUUCCCGGUGACGCAGUGAAGGUUACGUUGCGGAUACCGCAACCAUGGGCAGCCGCACCGGGACAGCACAUAUUCCUGUGUGUUCCCUCAAUAGGGUGGUGGACCUUCCAUCCGUUUUCCGUCUGCUGGACAGAUGGGCAGGUCAAAGACAACGACAUGGAUAGCGACGACGAAGAAAAUCAUGGGAUGACCCUCCCACGCAGAGCAGAAACAGUCAACCUACUGAUCCGCCGCCGAAGGGGCUUUACAGAUAAACUUUUCCAACGUGCGCGCAAGGCCAUGGACUGCCGGCUUACAAUGGUAGCCUGUGUCGACGGCCCAUAUGGUGAAGGGAUGGUCACAAAUACAAUGGAGUCGUAUGGAACCGUCCUGCUCUUCGCGGCGGGGAUCGGAAUCACGCACCAGAUGCCGUUUAUCCGACACCUGGUUCAUGGCUAUGUCACGGGCAUCGCCGCCGUUCGCCGGCUGGAGCUGGUCUGGGUGAUUCGGUCGCCGGAACACUUGGACUGGGUGCGGGAUUGGAUGGAGAAGAUCUUUGAGGCGGCGGGCAGUGCGGAAGUCCUUAGUAUGCGGAUCUUCGUUACCAGCCCAUGCGAUAUCAAGGAGAUUCGAUGGCUCGAAGAUGUGCCUGCUGGCAUUGUGAAGAUUCGCGGUGGUCGCCCGGAUGUGGAUUUGAUUGUUAGCAAGGCAUCUGAGCGACAGAUUGGGGCGAUGGGCGUGCUUGUAUGUGGGACGGGAAGCUUUAGCGAUGAUGUUCGGGCAGCUUGUCGGAAGGUACAGGGCAGGUCGCAGGUGGAGUUCAUGGAAGAAAGCUUUGGUUGA